GUGUUGAGUUGAACGAGCUUGAUGAAAUAGGUCAGUGAAGGCCCGCCUGACCACCAAAGAACUAUCCUGCAAGAAAAGUGGCAAAUGUGGCCAAAGUAUAAGUGCUACAUAGGGCGGCUAGGUGCCUCCAGCAAAUGUGUUUUCCAGCCUAAGCAGAGCCAGUAAAACGCAAGAGGCGCGUGGACAAACAUCCCAGCAGUAGUACUACAGUAUGUUCGGUUUUUUCGGCAGCCUAAGGCCGGUUUUACCCCCACUCGUCCUCGGUUCUUUUUUUCGUUGGUUUAUGCUUUACGAGUACGAAGUAUGACAACACGAAUAAAUAGCAACUCCCACAUAAUGUGCACUUGAGAGACAACCUCAACCUGGGUGGUUCAAGUAGCUACCCCCGAAGACCUCCUCUCCUGUACGAAUAUGAUUGCCCAAUGUUCUACUUAGUUCACGACAAUCACAAGCAAGUUUUCCUUGUCUAAAGUAACGGGUCUCUUUCUUUUACAGAGCGGCUCGAAGAAGCAGUGCGCGUACUAAAACUUACCAACUCCUCUCAGUAAUGUUGGUCUAAGCACGGAACCAGCACAAUAAAAAUCUGCGAAUAUUCAAGAGAGAGAGAAAGCUUCACGCUUGUGGGACUUGUUCAUGAUUUUGUUUAUCCAAUUCCAUCCUUUCCGUGUUUAGCAGAGUGGUUUUUGUCGUUGGGGUCCUUGUGGAGGAGCAGUUAGCGAGCCUCCCCCACAUUGCGUGUCCUCAAGCUUCACGUCGCUUGUCCUUAUCCCUUUUCCGUUAUCGAAAUGAAAUGCAUGCUACCCACAUGAAGACCACCGUUGUAACCGUUCUUGGUCUUCUCAAGUUACUUAUUUCCAUUUUUCUUUGCUGCUAUGCCACCGCGUUGCCUCGAGCAUGACGAGCUUGGCUAUGCAUUUACAUGCUAUGGAAGCAAAAGGAAGAGAUACAGCGAACAGGAGAUGGAGAUGGAGAUGGUUGUUGUAGACGCCAGUCGUGAUAUUAUCAAGAAUAACGAACAACCGCAAGGCAGCGCGCACAUCGAGCAGUACGUAUCUGAAUAGAUAGAGUGGGUGCUCGACAUCGUUUCAUUUCGAUAACCGUCAUCGAAAAUUGUGGGCGUCUGCGCAAAACCCGGGCGCGAAGCCAGCGCCGAGGACCUUAUCCAAGAUUUGAGUCUGUCAAUCAUAUGGCACGAUCAAUGUAUGAGAACGGUUCAACCAGUUAGAUUUGGCAUGCAAGCUGUAACGAGCAAAACCUGCGGACAUGUUGGUCCCGGUCCGUAUAUACCUCAUGUGCCAGUGAAAGAGCAUGAGCUGCAAGCUUGAAAGAUAUUAUUUGAAGGAAGGAAAAACGUAGCUGCAACACUAAGUACAUAGCAGCUCAAUGUCAAUAUAUUGAUUCCUUCACACUGCAGCACUAGCAGGGGAAGUACUUAAAUGGGUGCCAACUCCUUGCAUCGACUCAAAGCUGCACCGGAAUACCGCAGAAAGUAAUGACGACUGCACCGCUAGACCUCCGGGACAAGCUAUGCCCUUGAACUUUCGAUGAGCCGACGUCCUUAUCGUCUCCGCUAGGACACAGUCAAACUCACAGAUACACCUUGUAGAUCUUUUCUCAACAAAGUUUUGGCCGCGUUUGGCUUUUCUGAGUCAAGCUACAACUGCACACCGGACGAUACUGAUGCCGUGCUUUACAACAGCAACGCACUUUUUUAGAUAUUGGCUUUUUCGAUGAGGAUCGGUCCGAUGAGAGACGAGCUCGUUGUUUGGAAUCCGCUGUCGACUCACGGAUCGAUCAGGAAGUGCUACAUCAGUGAACAAGUUUUCAGGCUAGUAGAGCUGUUUCUGUGUGUGAAGUGACGUCGACUGCGAAGGUUUCUUCCUGCAUAAACGUCCCUCGCAAUCAAAGACUUCGACCUCGGGAAAACACUGGGAACCGGCAGCUUCGGUCGCGUGCGGUUCGCACAAUACAAGCAUGGCAACCCAUCAACGGACUUCUACGCACUCAAAAUUCUCAAAAAGUCUGCAAUCAUCCGGCUCAAACAGGUACCUCUUCGUUGUCAAAUUUAAUGCUGCAUCUUGUUUGCUUGAUGCGGAUACGACGGAGUGAGUCAGAUUUUGAUAGCGCCCAUGGAAAAAUAAACAAUUCAAAACAUGCCGGCACGAGAACCAAAACAACUUCACGACAGGUCGACCACAUUUCCAGUGAGAAGGACAUUUUGAUGAGCUUAUCGCACCCUUUUAUCGUCAACCUUUUCGGCUGCUUUCACGAUUCAAGGUACCAUUUGAAUUUGAAUUUCCGGGAGGCUUUCCGCCAUUGCCUCAAAAUAUCCACCAAGGAUCAAGUUUUGUAUCUAUCCGUUUGAAAAUCGAGGGACACACCAACGUCAAGAAGAUCUUGCAUGACCUGGUGAAGUAUUGUCGUGUACGACGAAGCUUUUCAUCUUCCGCAGCAUUGUCACUUUGUUGAGCUUUCUUCCUAAAAAACUUGGCGUUGAGGAAAAGUCGUUUUCCAACUCACUUCUAGGUAUCUCUACCUCGUGCUGGAAUACGUAGUCGGAGGCGAAUUCUUCACGCACCUCCGAAAAGUUGGCCGAAUAUCGCAUCGAGAACUACACCUACCCUCUUCCGGCAGAAACAACUAAGUAAGUAGAUUCAUUUGUGACUCCACGAUGUAACAGCAGUAGCUGCUUCGAUGAAUGUCGAAGAUGCAUGAUGGUGCUCACGAAGAGAGAGCAGAAGUAGUCUCGUGCUAACAAUUUCAACUCCGAGUCGACUUGCAUCUUCAAGCAAGAAGCUUGGGAAAAACGCAUGAUUUUUGACAUUGUGAAUUGAUAUUAUCAAUUUAGUACUCUUGUCGUGAGUCAAGACGAGACAGUGCAAGAGGCCGGCGAUGGGAAGGACCUUUUUUCGUGUGAUACCGAUUUGAGGACGGGACCGCAAGAUUCUAUGCCGCCGCAAUCACCACGAUUUUCGAAUACUGCCACUCACGAAAUAUCAUCUACCGCGAUUUGAUACGCCUUCUCGCAAAUCUACGGGCACCGCAUAUAUGAUUUUAAUCGUCUCGAAAAGGCCUGAAAACAAAAUACGAUCAUGAUCUUCUGUGUGAGAAGUUCUCGCCUAUUGGUCUAUUGAAGCUCAUCCUGAUGCGCAUUUUUUUUUCAUGUUUAAGUACUUCGAUGCAAGGGUUUUUCUUUUUUCUUUUGCAAAUGCAGAAACAGAUUAAAAUCUGAGCGUCGGUCGACCGGAUUUCUUUCCGCUGAUAUCUGAAACCGGAGAACGUGCUACUAGGGAAGGACGGGUAGAUUUCAGAUUUCUUUCGACAGUUGUGUAUGAGCAAGAAGGAGACGAGUUGGAAACCACGAAAGCGUUGGUUUUCUCAGAAUUCAUUCAAUAUCCGUGCAAAAACAUUCAAGGUACCUCAAGCUAACCGACUUUGGGUUUGCAAAGGUGAUCGAGUACCGAACAUACACUCUGUGCGGCACACCAGAAUAUAUCGCCCCAGAAGUGCUGCUCAACAAGGGACACGGAAAACCGGUACUGGGUCGCUCUUUGAUUUGUCAUGACGCAGCUUCAUCCGAACUUGCUUUUCUUUUUUCUGCCGUUGUUCUUGUUUCGUCCAAUUUGCAUCGAGCAACAGAACUGCAACUGACAUCAAUUGCUACGCACUAUGAUCGCGCAACAAAUGGUGCCACUCCUUCUGUUGAGCAAUUUUUAGUCUGUCAGAUAGAUAAGUACUUACUUUUUACUGCGCUAGGUUCAGUUAGAGGUAUUUCUUGAUAUAGUUAUUCUUCCGGGGUCGGAAGGUGAAAUUUGCCUACGAAAGACAGAUCCAAAAUAACCUAAACCUAGGUGGACUGGUGGACGUUGGGCAUCUUGGUGUACGAAAUGAUUGUCGGCUACCCACUAUCCUACGUAAAAUGUUGAUAAUCACCAGGAGCGCUGUCACGUACUUUGUCAUGCGCGCGGGCGUGCGUAGGUAGCAAGCAUGUGGAUCAACGAGAUCCUGUCACAUUCAGAUUGUUUCGUUAAGUAAGCAUUAGGCAUCCAAAUCUUUGAUGUGACAGGAUACACGUUUUUUAUCUUCAUCUUGGAUAUUAGCAUCGAUCAGGCACCACACGCAUUCCAAAGUUUGUGAAUCUGUGUAUGGCGAUGCUGGUGGAGGUUUUGCUUGGGAUGUCCGCCCUUCGUCGAUGAAGAACCGAUGGGGAUCUACCAGAAGAUUUUAUCCGGAAAGAUCGUCUUCCCCAAAUUUUUCGACAAGAACGGAAAGAUGCUCGUCAAAAAACUCCUUACCGCAGACCUCGGUAUGAUAAACAAGGAGUUUAAGAAACACGCAGGAUUCACCUAAUUUUUGAUCAGUUAUUAUGCACUUGUAGCUUUGGCUCCUUUUUGUUGAAAUGUAUGGUCUCAUCGCACGCAUGGACUCCGACCUCAAUCCUUUUUCGCUUCUGAAGAGGACAACCUUACCGCAGAACUAGACUUUUUUUCUGCAACUACACAAGUAGAACGAACAUUGAUUCAUCAAAUUACCAGGCAAGCGAUACGGGAACCUGAAAAACGGGGUGGAUGAUAUCAAGAAGUGCAAAUGGUUCGCCGCACUGGACUGGGAGUUGCUGCUGCAGAGAGAAAUUCCUUAUGCAAUGCAUCAAGGGGCGUGUGGGUGUGUGUCGUGUCAUCAUUGACUGUCUCAUGUCAUUAUCGUAGAGAUUGUUUGCGAAGUUUUCGACGUUGUUGCGCAGUGACUACGAGUACGAUGUGGAGGUGCCACUGGAGAGCGUAUCAUGGGAGUACGUUUAAGCCAGCUGUAAGCUGCAGAAGACGAGUUGUGAUUAUGAUCCAUCUCCAUUAUGCAUGAGUUACUUAUGUUGACCUUGACUUUGACACAUAGACCCACUUGCGACUUGCAAUGCAUACUUGUGCUCCCUACAAGCCACAGGUCAAGUCGGCAACGGACACCAGUACUUACUUGUUUUUCUGUGCUCAACUUGAACUUUCUGAAUCUAAGUAACCGAAGUACAUAGUUCGAUAAUUGGUUUGCGGGCAUGAAGAAGAAGAUCGGUCAUCGACCGUUGCAAAUCGAAAUACAAAAUGCAGAAGAACGUGGUUAACUACAAGCACACGACUGUUGAUUCGUUGUCGCUUGGUACGAUGAAGAUGAUGAGUAUUAAUGAGUAAGUUUACGGAUGAAAGUUUUUCUAUCAGUCGUAAAGUGGCGGUAAUGCUGCAUGAAUACACACAGCACGAUCAUGAAGAAGUAGGAUGUGGUCCAGACUGGGAAUUAUUUCGCUGAAACACAUUAAGGUAACUUCGAGGAGUACCCGGAGAGCGAGGAAGUGCAAACACCACGUUGCUCUCUUACCUGGCCCCAAAACUUGGAAGGCCAGGGAACAGAGUGCCGUGGUGUUUGGGCCAACUUUGUUUGGGCCGACGGGGCCUUUUUUCCUUCCAAACGCCAUGCUAUGCUCUUACCUGGCGCCAAAACUUGGCAGGCCAGGUAAGAGAGUGCCGUGGUGUUUGGGCCAACUUUUUUUGGGCCGAUGCGGUCUUUUUUCCUUCCAAUCGCAAUGCUAUGCCCUUACCGGGCCUCAAAGUCUGGAGGCCCAGGUAAGAGCACAGCGUGGCGCUUGUGCUUCAAGAGUGUCUCUUUCAUCUGGCCACCUCCUCAGGCCAGGACGUUUUCGCAUCCCAAGCACCACACUCCUCUUUUACCUGGCCCCAAAACCCGGCAACCCAGGUAAGAGAGUGCCGUGGUGUUUGGACGAAUUUUUUUUGGGCCGAUGCGGUCUUUUUUCCAAGCGCCACGCUAUGCUAUGCUCUAUGGUCUACGGUGAGGGACCGAGACGCCCUUGCCCUCUCUCCUCCGAUCACGGCUUAGGGCGUGUCGGGUGGUUGGUUCAGAUUGAUAGGACGAUAGGAACGAAGCGAAAUAGCUGAAACACAUUAAUAAGGUAACUUCGAGGAGUACCCGGAGAGCGAGGAAGUGCCGCCGGAAGUGUCUGCAGCAUCUGAUCCCUUCGCUGACUGGAACGAUCACUGAAAGUGAAAGCACUCCAGAAUCAAGAUGAAGAUUUACGCGUGGCCAUACAUGUACCUGUAUGCUCACUCCCUCGCUGCCGGUUCUAGUACAACGAGAUCUUUGCAUUGCAACUUUCAUGCAAGGAGCCACACUUCCGAGGUGUUACUCAAUUCUAUUUUCUCUGUUUGCAUGCGGUUUUCUUUCGGAUUAGGCUUUGUUCCUUGGUUACCGAGAACGAGACAUGUCUUGCAUGACAUAGCGUGAAGAUCCUGGAAGGUGCAGCAAGCGAGAGCACGUAGCAUAGCGUUUGCGCUGCAUAAAACUGAUAUGCUGUGGGACGUUCAGACAGUCUGAAAUGAAAUCCACGUUGAAGCAUGGCAGUCAAGGAAGCGUUUGCUUUAUAAUUUUUUUCACAUGUUGUAUCAUUUGGAUGUAUGGCAAACAAUUUGAAUUUAUACGAACGGUUCAAGUUUCAAUUUCAUUUUUCAGUAUCAGCACAGCCAAACCCUAAAUUCAAUUUACCAGUCACAGUCUUAAUUUUGCAUAAUGUCGAUCUUAACGACAUGCUUAACUUUUAGAGAAUCGAAUAAAAUUAGUCACUCCAGCUUUAUCACCAUGAAAUUCGAUAAGUUCACUAUCACUUGCUCCCACUGUUUCGCGAUACUACGAUAGGCACUACGCAGCUGCUAUUCAGAAUUUGAAUUUUCGAUAUAUGAAAAAAGUAAACGGUUAUUCAAUCAUGUUAUGGCUAUCGAAUUCAAAUUAUGAGUUUCUCAACGCAAUUGAUCACCAACACCAUGUAGCGGACGGUUACAUGAAGAAUGACUGCACUAAUACUAGCGGUGAAGAGAAGUAACAGGAAAGUAGCAUAUUGUUAUACGAUUUCGGAGAAGCAGUGUCAAGUUUCGGCUUGUACUCUCCCGGACAAAAAGUACAGAUGUAGUCCAUUUAUUCUGGCUUAAUAUUGCACAGCUUUGUGUUUUCUUCUGGAUAUUUAGAAUUAGCAUAGAACCAUGGAGAAAGCAAAGUGGAGUUCCUUUAUCGCAGGCUGGAGUUCGACCGGACAGUAACGCAAAGGAAACAUAACGCAAAUGCGAUUUAUCUUUCUUUUCUAGACACUAUCAGCAUCGAUCUCAAAGUCAAAAGGGCGGGCUCAUACGACUCAUCAUUCUUUUACCAAUUAUCAGCGGCGCGAAGACGAAUAGUACCAUUUGGCAGUGCGAAAUCGGACCUAAGCAAGACCGUCGCGAAGACAGAGCAUUCGGGGCGCAAAAGAAUCACCUCUCGACCCUUAUAUCUCGGCGGUUUGUAGAAGCCUUUCUUCCAUGACAAGGUCAUUAUUGCACGCUCUAUAGAGAAGCGAACAUCUUUUGUGGUUGGGUUGUCCUAUCUCUAGACUGUCACAACUGAAUAUGCACCUGCUACAGAACCGGGGAGCGGAAUUUCCGUUUGCUUCGGAUUUCCUUCCAGGGACUGCAACCGACAGUAAAAUUGCGAGGCGUAAGUAGUCCGUGAACGUAAUGGGUCUACUCAAGUAACAAACGAAAGACCAAUGCGCACUGUAGGAAGCUUCUGUAGGGCACAAAGCGUCGUUCUCACGCUGAAGAAUCUACUGCGCCAGAUUCUUCAAGAGGCGUUUCGACACAUGCCUUCGCCAUGCGAACGAGAACGAGUAGUGAAGGCAAGGGUCAGGUGAUUGCACGUAAACUAGGAGAUUUUAGUGCUGGAUGCAAAUUAAUGCUCUGAAAGCGACAGUUUAUUGGAAAAGUGCUAUGCGUGUUACUGUUAGCUUCAAACCCACGCGAAUAUGGGGGUCAGUACAUGUUUCUUUCCUCCUUGGUAUCCUCUUAAUUUUUACAAAGCAUGCCUGUCAAUGUGAUUGAUGCUCUCGACCCGGUAAACAUAACACAUUUUCGCAUAGAUGAAACAUAGCUCAAAUUUGCUGAACAAGAGGAACAUGCUCAUGACUAGCUUUAAACAAAUUGACCCGAAUGAAAUGAGCAUUUCGGCUGCAGUUUUAGCGAUGUGACUUGUUGUAUCAUCUGUCUCGAUUUGCUUGACGUAAUUCACGUUUGACGUCCAAGUGUCCCAGGUGCGCGUGAAAGGUCGGUUUACUUUUUCAU